UACAUCUAAUCCCACUAAAUAGUGGUUUGAAUUGGAAAACAAUUAAUCUAUUUUUAAUUGAUUAACAUUCGAAAACAUUUAUAAUGAACGUUUGUGACGCACCACAACCACAAUACUUACCCGACUUGGUGUUGGACAUUAUAUUUUCAAACUUGAAACUGUCCGAUUUGUAUAGCUGCAUGUUGGUCUGUCGAAAUUGGAAUCGAGCAAUUAACCGUGGCAGAUCAGAGUUAUGGAAAUUGUUGUGUCGCCGUGAGUUGACCGAAGAGUUAUUGAACUCAAAAGAUUUGUCAUCGCUCCAAAGCCAUAAAGAUAAACUGCGUGCCUUAUAUAAUUCAUGGAAUCCAGAAGAUUGUUCCAAGUAUAUUUCUGUCAGUAAUCAUGGUUUCACAUUCAUUAGCAGACUAAACAAAGAUAGAUUCAUUAACGGGUACCAUGUCAUCGACAAUUUUCAUUCCUCAACCUUUCCCAUGUUCUUUCCCGGUAUCGUAAUGAUGAGUACAGAUAUGAUACGAACUAAAACUGGUUAUACCACCGGUAAACACAUAUGGGAAAUUACAUUUAAUGGACCACUAGGUGGAGUUGCAAUGAUUGGUGUGUCAACAAAAGAGGCACCAUUGCAUUGUAUAGGUUUCAAACCUCUGUUGGGCGCUAACAAGCAUAGUUGGGGUUGGAACUUAGUCAGUAACGAUUUGGAACACAAUGCAAUAUCACAUGGUAACUACCCAUUGUUAAAGAAUGCUCCUAAAUAUAAACUUGGUGAAAAAUUACUUUUAGUACUAGAUUGUGAUAAUGGUACUUUGCACUUUGAGAAAUGUGAUGUAUUUUUAGGUAUAGCUUUUAAAAAUUUACCUAAAACUAAAUUAUAUCCUUCGGUGUCAGUUGUUCAUAGUGACAGUAAUGUAUCAGUACUGUAUAUUAGUAACACAGGGUCUGCGCGACAGCAAUCGGGGCAAACCCAAUUCUGAUCAUGCUAUUCCUUGCAACACAAUGUGGCAGAAUACAAGCUUUUUUGAUUUUUGUCGCGUUGAGUUCGCUCAUGUAGGCCAUGGUCUAAGCCUCAAUAUGAUUUAGGAAACCUAGUUUUUGUAAGAAUUCAAUUUAAUACAUUAUAGAAUACUGAUUGACAUAAGGUUUAAAUAGAUUCCUUUAUUGAUGUUUUAAAAUCUAAAAUCAGUAAUUAAGUAAUUAACUGAUUUUUAAUUUAAAAUACAUAGUUUAACUUCAUAAUAACUUACACAUUUUCAUUUACUAAAAUUAAAUAUUAUAAC